GGGCCGGGCCGGGCCGGGCCGGGCCCUGUGUUGGACACAGAUCAGAUUGAUUUUGAAGAUGUGAUUGCCGAACCAGAGGGAACACACAGUUUUGACGGGAUCUGGAAAGCUAGCUUCACCACCUUCACUGUGACAAAAUACUGGUUUUAUCGCUUACUGGCAGCAAUCUUUGGCAUUCCUUUGGCUCUCAUUUGGGGUAUUUACUUUGCCAUUUUGUCAUUCCUGCACAUCUGGGCAGUGGUGCCUUGUAUAAGGAGCUACCUGAUUGAGAUCCAGUGCAUUAGCCGGGUCUAUUCUAUCUGCAUCCACACCUUCUGUGACCCACUAUUUGAGGCCAUCGGCAAAAUAUUUAGCUCAAUUCAAGCAACAGUACGGAAAGAAAUAUAAGUGACACUUCAAGGCAAGCUGUCAGUAUGGAGAGGGAUUUUUGUUUUCUAGGGAGUUUUUUGGUGCCAGUUUCAAGGCUCCCUAAUUGAUCUACAAUAACAAAUGGUGAAUAACCUGGCCCAGAGCAGAGAAUCACUUAUUCACCAUCCAUUACUACUAUUUAGCCCUACUGGAUUUGUUUUUAUCUUUUUUAGUCGCAUUUUUCAAAGUAAUCUUAAAUUGCUACUCUCCCAUUCCAGUUGAAUAUCAUUUUGCUGACUAUUCAAUAAACAGAUUGAUGUGCUGUUGUUGGGGGUUUUUUAUCCCUCCAUUCAUUCCUUGUAAGAUACAUUCACAAUGAUAUAGUAAAGAACUGCUAAAUGCUUUCCAGCACUAUAAUGCCACUCAUUUUAUUGUGGCUAAAGAGUAUAAAGCUAUUGAAGCAGAAAGAACAUGAAAGCUGGCAGGUUUUAAAAGAAUGUUCUUUUUCAAUUGUAUAAUCAGUUGACUACAGCCAUUUACUGUAAUGGUCAGAUAUGGCCUAGUAUGAACAGAUAGAUAUAAACAAAUUAAUUAAUAUAUGUCCUGAAAAAGCUAACACCAUAUUAGGUCAGAGACUUUGACACACAAAAGCUUUCCAUGUCCAAAUGCCGAAUGUCCAUAGAAAGCUAGUCAGUGCAUUCCCGUGUCAUUAUCUUUUUUGAAAGUUUCUGCCAGCUGUUUGUUGGUCUUCACUGUGAUUACAGAAGCAAACUAAAGAAGAAAGCUAGAAAUGAUUCCUAUGAAAAUGUUUUCCUGACAAGCACAUUUAGGUGCUUAUCACAAAGUCCUCUUUUUGCAGUGUUCAUUAUCAAAUCAGUUUUAUAAGGCCUGAGCCAAUCCUGAGUUAAAAAUAAAAUCAAGGUGUGCCAUGCCAACUAUGAGCUGUCUCUGAGAGAAGCCAGCUUUCAAAACCUUCCUAUCAGCUGAGGUCAGCAUGCCGUUAACUCACAGAUUAUUUUCAGGAGAAUUCAUGCAUCGCUGAGUCCAAAACUAAUCCCUCACAAGAGAUGGUUUAGGAACUACAUAUUGUGUUCUAUUCUUUUAGCUUAGCUGCAGCCAUUGGGAAGUCUUAAUGGAGGGUAUUGUGUGAAACUCAAAUGUUGCAAAGUGUGAGCCCUAGAAAAUAAAGCAUUUUUGCAACAUGUUUUUUAUGCUGUGACCUGCAGGUGUCUUUGCCCUCACAAUAAUAUUACUGUGUUCAGAGAAUACUGUCAUAAGGUUUGCAUGAAGCUUUUAAAAAUAGUUGUGAGGUUAAUUUAGCUGGAAUUAGCUUUCUUCUAAGCCCAACUUGGGAAAUUUAGGGCCUAAACCUGUUCUUUUUGGUGUUAAUGACAAAACACCCUUUGAUGUUUAUGGGUGCAAGAUUGGGUUUUAAAAUCCACAUAAAACUGCCUUGUACACCUGAAGUUUUUCUUGUGCUGAUACUGUUUUAUCAUGUUGCUUUAUAUGGAUCAGGAGUGCCUUCAAUUCUAUUUCUGCCAUAAAUACAUUUAAAGUUGUUUUAGAGGAUGCAUCUGCUGCUUUUUUGAGGGGCACAUAAAUUGCAAACCUAUUAAUGACUUUUGUUUGCAUUUAAAACAGACACUGGUAUGGAUAAAGUUUUAUGUUUUUCUAUGUACAUAGAGAGUGUACUAGUAUUGUUUUUUUCAAUAUUAAAGGCAAUAUUAUAAACAAGAAAUAUUUUAUCUUUAUGUGAGGAAAAUCACUUUGAAAAAAAAAAUGUGUAUCUUGAAAGAUGUCAGUUCACUUAAAUUUAUCAGCCCCUAAUAGAAAUACAUUGCUGAUCCAAAAUAUUUACAUUGCUUUUAUGUGCUUACAGAUAUAACAGACACUUUCUUUUUAUUCUGCAUGUACCAUAAACACUACAGUCUGCACAAUAAAAAAAAAUGCUUAAUGGUA